UCUCUUCCUUCCUAAUUACUGUCUAAAGCUCUGUAAUCUCCUUAACCAUUUACUCAAACUUUUCACUCUUUUCAAUGCCGAUUUUUUUUCCUUUUUUUUUUUGCAUUCUCAAAUUCACUGCGGGAUUCAUUUCACACUUCAAUUUUGAUGAUUUUCACUUAAUUUCCCCUCCUCACCAGCUUUCGAUCUUUGUAUUUGUAUUGCAUGUCUGCUUGUAGCUCCCUAUUUACUGGUUCUUGAAUCGGGAGAUUGGGAAUAAAAUGUUUUCUGUUUUGUUUCUUUUUGCAAUGUGUUUGUGGAUUGAGUGUUGUGAACAGUAUGCUGGUCAAAUGGAAGAGGGUUUUAGAGAUUGACUUGAGGUUUUAGCACCAUGAUGUGAUCACAUUCUUGUGAAAAGGAAACAGAAAAAGGAUUUUCCUUUCAGCUGGAGAUUGUUGAUUAAUUAAAUCCCAUGAUUUCUUGACUUCAACUACCACAUCUGUUGCAAAAUCCUCUGGAUGAAAAAUGGAGGAUGGCCGUCAGAAUGAAAAUGACAGACAUAAAAUUGAAUACUACAGAGGACCACAUUCCAUGUGGAAUACUGAUUCCCAGCAUCAAGUGAAAGAGCCAAAUGCACUGGUUAUGAAUAAGAAGAUUAGGUCCAUUAUGGCUGAAAGGCAGGCUGCUAUUCUAGAGCUUGAACUGGAGGCUGCAAUAUCUGAAAAGAAUGAAGCCUUGGCUGCUCGAGAUGCAGCCAUUCGACAGAGGGAUGAAGCACUUGUUCAAAGAGAUAAUGCCAUUUUGGAACGGGAUAAUGCCCUUGCAGCCCUUCAGAGUCGGAACAGUUCUGUCAACUUCCCAUUUGGCAGUGGAAUCCAAUGUGGAUCAAAACGAAUGCAUCAUUCUUCAAACCAUCUGUCUAUCAUGUCUGAAACUGUGUACAAAACAAAUGAUGCCUCCCCGAUUAAAGUUAUACCUUCUGAAGUUGUCAAAUCUCAUCAAACAAAGAGAACAAAGGAGAACAAGGUCACUGGUUCUAAGACAUCAAACCCACCCUACAAAGUAAAGAAAAUGGGUGAGGACUUAAACAGGAAGGCUUCUUUUGAAGGUACAAAAAUCCGAUCUGAAUGGCAUAGGCAAGAUAUUGGCCUGAAUUUGGUUACAUUUGAUGAAACUACCAUGCCAGUUCCAGUUUGCACAUGUACCGGCAUACCACGACAGUGCUACAAAUGGGGCAAUGGUGGAUGGCAGUCAUCUUGUUGUACCACAACAUUGUCUAUGCAUCCGUUACCACAGCUUCCAAACAAACGUCAUGCUCGCAUUGGAGGACGAAAGAUGAGUGGAAGUGUUUUUACCAGACUUCUCAGCAGGUUGGUGUUAGAAGGCCAUGAUUUAUCUAUACCACUAGAUCUUAAGGAAUAUUGGGCCAGACAUGGAACCAAUCGCUAUAUCACUAUCAAGUAACCUCCUGAAAUUCAUCAGUAUUGGGUAGGUUUCAUUUUGAACCUCUUGCAAUGGUUUCAUUUUAAACCUCUUGCAACAACUGACCUCUAGUUGAAAUCAUGCCUUGACUGGUAUGCUUGAAUUUUGGGAACAUAAUGAAUUUUCAGUAGAAGGAUCCCAUACUUAGUUACUGAUUUGGCUGGACUAAACAUUGAUCCUUAUUAUAAAUGAGAUACCUGUAAAGUAUCAUGUAUACAUGUGACUUUGUAAGUGACUGGAGGUAGACCCUUUUGGUUCCCACCAUGAUUUCUGCUUUUAAUGUCUACUAUGAAUACUGUGUACGAAACUUUCUCCAUCUCUUUUUUUAUCCUUUUAUCAUUCGUCAUCUACGUAAUUCAAUGGUUAAAUUUCUCA